AUGGCUUCAACAUCGAUACCUAAGAGAAUGCGAUCGCUCGCAGUGCCCAAGUAUUGCGAGCCGGCAGGUUAUCAGGUGAUGGAGUUGCCCGUGCCAGAGAUCCAGGAGCCCGACGAGAUCCUGGUAAAGGUGCAUGCCGCAGCUCUCAACACCGGCGAGACCCAGAUGUUGGGCGGCGACAUGCGCCUCCUGUUUACUCCAACAUUUCCCGUCAAGUUAGUGUACGGCCUCCACUUCAAGCACCCAACCUUUCCGCCUCAGGCGCCGGGGUUCUGCUCCGAAUACGCCCUCACCAACGAGUGCUUCCUGCUGGCCAAGCCGACUCACCUGUCGUUCGAGGAGGCCGCGUCACUGCCCGGGUCCACGCUCACCGUCUACCAGAGCAUCAAACUGGCGCUGGAAUACAUGGGCCCAUCAGGCGGGACGCUGGAGGGCAAGACGGUUUUCGUGCCCGGCGCGCUGAGCGCCACAGGCUCGGUGGGGUGCCAGGUACUGAAGAACGUGUACGGGGUCGGGAAGCUCAUCUCCACCGUAUCGACGCCAAAGGUGCCGUUGGUGGAACAGUACAUGCCGGGCAUCGUUGACGAGGUCAUCGACUACCAGACCCAGAACAUCGUCCGGGAAGUCGGGGCAGGGAAGGUCGACUUCAUCUAUAACACGCAGUGGGGCCUGACGAGCACCUUCCCGCUGGCCAACCCCAAGACGGGCGUCAUCGUCUCCAUUGCCAGCAUCCCGGGGUCCCAGACCAUGCGGAAGGUGCUCGGGGCACACAAUAUACCCUUCUGGAUGGCCUGGAUCCUCGACCUAGUCCAGCUGUGGUACAGUUUCCGGCUGAGGGGCACCAACGUGCAGGCCGCGUUUGUAUCGGGAAAUCCGGGGAACAGAGAGGACCUGGAAGCUGCCGGAGAGAUGAUUGCCACUGGCAAGGUCAAGGCCGUCAUGCGAGUCGCCAGUCUCGACGAUCUCGAAGCCGUCAAGAAAGGGGCCCAGGAGAUGGUUCUCAAGCGGAAGCGCUCUGACUCGGAGCUGUCCUUCUCGAGCGGCUCGGCAUUCUCAUCGCCUCCGCGUCCCUGCGGCGGCAACAUCUUCGACUUCAGCACAAUGGCCAUGGACGCGGACGGCCACCAACACCACUCCGCCUUCUCGCCCCUCCGCCCCAGCAGCACGCCAUCCCAUCUCCCCAGCCGGACGAUGAAGCGCUUCCGCGACAACCGGCCGUCGGACGAAGAGGUGCACCAGCACACCCUGAGCCUCCUGUACUCGGCCCAGCACCACCACCAAUUCCGCCACAGCAGCGGCACGAGCAGCAGCAGCAAUCAGCAGCAGCAGCAGCAGACCGUCGCUGCCGCCGUCACGGCUCCCGUCCCGCCACCACCACAGACACAGAACCAGACGCAAGCCACCGCCCAGCGCUCCCUCCACAGCUUCUGGAACCUCCCCGCCCCGCCCACCUCCUCGACAAUCGCCCCAUCACCACCCACCCACCGCGCCUCCGCCCCGACACACUGCGAGGACUGCGGCACAGGUCUCGGCCCCGGGGCCGGCGAUGCCUCGAUGGACGUCGACGGGUGCGGGCUCGGGGACUGCAGCUGCGGGGCGUGCGGGCGGGCCGUCUGCUUCGGGUGCUCGAUCAGCAACCUCGGGGAGCAGAGGCGGUGCCUUGUGUGUGCCGGGCGGAGGGUGUGGGUUGGCGGGAUCGGCUGGACCGGUGGGGCGGGGGUUGGGGUUUGCUAG